UAUCGGCGGGAUCGAGGGAGAGAGUUGCUUUUACAACGGUCGAUAUGUCCAACGGUACACCUGUUAACCCGGAGGAAGGGUCGAAGUCCUCCUCCAAUCAAAUGGCCAUCAGUGCCUCCACGCAGGAGCUGGCCGAGCUGAUAGACCUUCACCUGGGCGAGCUGCGACCCAAGGAGCCCUCCUGGCGGGUGGCCGACUCACCGAUUUCCGGACGGGGCAUCUUUGCCACCCGGGAAAUAGCUCCCGGCGAGGAGCUCUUCCGGGAGCGCACGUUGCUGGUGGGUCCCACGGCCCAUCGGUCCACGAAUCUGCGCACCUGCACCAUUUGCUACCGCUUGAUUCCCGGCUCCUCGGACUCCGAGGCCCUCUGCCCGGCGGGAUGUGGCCUGCCGGCUUGCUCCGAGUGUCGGGACUCCUCGCGUCAUGCGCUGGAGUGCAAGCUCUUCCGGAAAUGGAAGCCGCUGGAGAGCCAGCGCAUCGAGCCGCGCGCCUUGCGAAUCCUCAGUGUGGUGCGUUGCUUCUUCCUGGACGAGGCUGGCCGGAAGCUGCUGUACGCCAUGCAGGCCAACAUGGACCGGUACUACAUGCAGGAGGUCCAGCGGGCCGCCGACUGCUUCGAGCACUUCCCGCGGGAGCAGGACAUGCUGGACUUCUUCUACCGCACAAUCUGCGCCUUCAACACCAACGCCUUCGAGAGCCGGAGCAGCGUGGAGGGCCACGAGGUCCUGGUGCGGGCUCUGUUUCCCCUGGCCGGACUCCUCAACCAUCAGUGCACCCCGAAUGCGGCACACCACUUCGAGAACGGGGAAACCAUCGUGGUCUGCGCCACCGAACGGAUCCCGGCCGGCGGCGAGAUCACCAUGACCUACGCCAAGCUGCUCUGGUCCACGUUGGCCAGGAAGAUAUUUCUCGGGAUGACCAAGCACUUCAUGUGCAGGUGCGUCCGCUGCCAGGAUCCCACGGAGAACGGAACCUACUUGUCGGCACUCUUUUGCCGGGAGCAGGGCUGCCGUGGCCUGGUGAUUCCCGUCCAGACCAAGACUUUGCAACCGGACUGGCGGUGCAUCACCUGCGAGAACGUGUUCCCCCACUCGAAGAUGGCCAAGUACCAGGACUUCGCCCUGAACACCAUCAACAACAGGAUCAACUCGUGCAGUGUCCGGGACAUGAUCCACUUCAUCAACGAGCUGUGUCCGCGCUUCUGUCCCUCCUCGAACUACGUGCUCAUCGAGGCCAAGCUGAACGUUAUCUGGCGGAUGACGCGGUUCGACCGGGAGGAGUACACCCCCGAGGAGAUGGGCCACAUGGAUCGGUAUCGGGAGGAGGUCCUGGCCAUACUCCACAAGUUGGGCGCCGGCGAGUGCACCCUGAAGAAGCUUAUCACCGGGGAGAUUCAGUGAUCCAGUGAGCUCCCGAACUUGUGAAUAAUGUUUUUUUUUGUCAUUCAUGUGUGCGUGAGCGAGUGUUUUUGUGAAUGAAUGAGUAUCUUUUGGGCUCGCCCUUUGUUGCUAUUUUAUUUGUAGUCACUUAAGGAAACCAAUAAACACCGGACUAUGUCUCUUUAUCAAA